GAAAGCGUACUGUCCAAAUGCUUUAUGGUGCGGCAGACAUUAUGCCCGUCGUUAACAGUAGCCUUCAAGUCCACGAAGACACAUUCUGAAGGAACCAAUUUACAGAUACAGGCCUGACGCGGAGCUAUAUGGACAGACUGAAGUGGAUUUCCUUCCAGUAAAUCGAAAGUAGCCAACUCCACCACAGCGAAGACAUGGAGUCAACCAAGAGAGGGAUGAAUCUGAGAGAAGACCUCACUUGUGCCAUAUGCUGCGACCUCUUCAGAGACCCAGUUAUGUUGGGUUGCAUGCACCACUUCUGCAAGCGCUGCAUCUCCACAUACUGGCGAAACAUCCACCAUGGACUUGUCACCUGCCCGCAGUGUCGCCAGGAGUUCCCAACUCGCCAGUUUCAGACCAACUAUUUAGUGGCUGGUCUUGUGGACAAAGUGAGGGCCAGCUCUUCCGACGGUUACGUCAAGAAUGUUGAGAAACAACUGAAGGAGUCUCUUGUGCAUCACCGCUCGAAGCGGGAGGACUACAUCAAAAUGAUUCACAAAGACAAAGAGCAGGUGGACACACUAAAGAAAGUGAGCGGGGAGCUGCAGACGCGCAUCCAGACCGACUUCCAGGCCCUGCACAGCUUCCUGCAGGAGGAGGAGGCCAGCCUGCUGGAGCAGCUGCGUCUGGAGCGGGAGGAGUGGCAGCAGGCCCUGCAGCGCCACCUGCAGGCUCUGGAGGCCGCACUGCAGGAAGUGGAGCAGAACCUGGCUAUUCUGCAGCAGGCGGCCGACAUCAAGGAUGCCAACGUGCUGCUGGAGCUCCCGGAUCUGAAUACCAGAUCCAUGACGCAGCUCAGUCCAGUGCCGGAUUUCGACAGUCAUGCUUUCAGCAGCAAAUUUGCAGCUCCUACGCAGUACACCACCUGGAGGAAGAUGUUUCAAAUCCUGAAACCAGGCCCAGCCCAAGUGACCUUCGAUGAGGACACGGCUCACCCCAGCCUCGUCCUAUCGCGAGACAAGACCACCGUGGUGGAGCUGCCGGAGAUGCAGCCUUACCGCCCGCACCCCAGCCGCUUCGUGCAGUGCGUCAACGUCCUGGGCGCCCAGGGCUUCACCUCGGGCCGCCACUACUGGGAGGUGGCGGUGGGCGCCAAGACCAAGUGGGACCUGGGCGUGGCGCUGGAGACGGUGGACCGCCGGGCGCGCGUCAAGCUGUGCCCGGAGAACGGCUACUGGACGCUGCGCCUGCGCGAGGGCACCCAGUACUCGGCGGGCACGCAGCCCUGGACGCGUCUGCGGCUGGCGGCCCGGCCGCGGCGCGUGGGCGUGCUGCUGGACUGCGAGGAGCGGCGCGUGGCCUUCUACGACGCCGACGACAUGACCCUGCUGCACUCGUUCUCCGACGGGCCCCGGGGGAGGGCGUUGCCGUUCGUCAGCACGUGUGUGACGGAGCCGGGCCAGCGGCCGCAGCCCCUGCGCUUCAUCCACCUCCCCGUGGAGUAUCUGUGAGGCCUGAAAGCCUCCUGCACUAGAGGACGAUAAGCACGCUUGCUGUCAUGCCCCAUCUGUCUUCCCAGAUACUGUACGAGAAUCCCCUAUACAUACUGCAGCAGCGGGAAUCGGUUGCUCCUGCAUUGACUAAAGCUGAGAUGGCUUCCAGUGCAUCGCCUGGAAAUUUAUUAAGACAGUUUGCAUUGAUUGCAUUGUGUGUGGGUGUGUUUGUGUGUGUGUGUGUGUGUGUGUGUGUGUGUGUGUGUGCAUGUGCGUGUGUGUGUGUGUGUUUUCACAUGAGAAAGACACGAGAGAAAACUGUGCCUUCUGGUGCCAAAGAUGUUGAACAAUGUAUAACGUCGAACACAAAUCACAGCUUCUUUGUUGUCAAGCAUUCUUUUUGUGCACGUCAUAAAGAAACCUAAUUCUUUUUCAUGCGUCUUUUCAUGUCGGUUUAAAGAGAAUAUUAAUGUGAGUCAAUCCGUAUGGCUGUUGAUGGUAAGACAGAAAACAGAGGGCAUUGGUCACAACAUAGUGCUGUAUACAUACGGUAUGUGGAAUAAUUAACUGGUUGUUACUGUAAAACCUAACUGAAUGGAUUGCAACAAAACGUAAUGUGAACAAAAAUGUGAUGAUCAGGAUAACACUUAUUCUGCAUACGCCACACCACGUUUUCUUUUUUCCUACCAGAACAUUUGGUGUUCGCAAGGGAUGUGGAUUUAUUCACGCUGAACUUCUUUAAAAUUGAUCAAAUGUAAUUGUUGUUUUUUUGCCUUUUGAUGUCCUGAAUCAGGUUGGAUUUCAAGAAAGUACUGCAAGGCCAUACUGUAUGUUCAUAUGUCAGAGGUGAAAAAUAGAAUUACAGCAAAGUGUCUUUAUUGAACCAUUGAUGAUCAAGUUGUGUAAAUUAUGAUUGUAACACUAACAUUUUUUUUAACGGAAACCAUUAAACCAUUAACUCAAUAAAGUCAGAGUCAUUACACGUAUAAUUAUUGUGGUUUGCAUUUUGUAUUUGAAUGUUUUCAGACGUCUGUCAUUGUUUUGGGUGCGGAAUACCCUCUGAAUCUCUACAUUGUAGGAUGUUGGUAGAUGCUUUAAUUCCGUGGCUUAUUACAUGGUUUUAUUUAAGCUCCAUGUGUUUUUUUAUGUGAUGUCAUUCUUGCGGUUGAUUACUGUGCCUUGAUGUUUGCAAUUCAGCUUUGAUCUUUGUGGUUCAGCCAUGUCUGUUUGUG